AUGGAAAACGAAACAGCAGUCCCCAUUGAUCCCGACAGCCCACUUUUCCUAUCCGGUGAUGGCUUCGAGCCAGCCGGCAUUCUCUUCCCUCAUGCCGUGUUCCACUUCCCUUCGAGGGAAAAGAAAGAGGCUUACGAUUUCAUGGACAAGGUCGUCGAUAAACAUAGCCGUUUGUGCGAUGAACGGCAGCGGCUGGGUCUUAAAAGGCAAACACUCGAGGCUCGUAUUGCUCGAGUGGAAAGGAAAGUGAGGGCUUUGGAAAGCGACCCUUUCCAAUGGGAGUGGAGGAACUUUGACUCCAUCGCUGAGAUCCCGAGAAUGCUCCGGAUGUAUCUUUGUGGUAGAGGUCAGGUUCCAGGACCCGUGAAUGCCCCGGUCGAAGUCACCCUGCUUGACAGUGAAGAGGAGGAGGAUGACAUUUCUUGCAUACGUGUCCGGAAUGAACCCGGAGUGGAUGGCAAGAGCGAGGCGUCCACUUCGAAAUCUAAAUCGGCGAUGAAGGAGCCUGUUCCUGAGCCCCUUCCAUAAAU